UUAUUUAUUUACGAUAUAUACAAAUAUGAAAUAUCUUUAGAUCAAAUUCUUUCAAAAUUCUUAAUAAUACGAAGAAUUAUAUAUCUAAAAUAUAAAUCUGAAAUAUUCUAAAUUGCACAAAAUUUCUAUUUUUGAUUAAACUAAUUGUAUGAUAUUUAAAAAUAUCGUGAUAUAUAUUCCUGGGAGAUUAAUUCUGUUAGAAAUACAUUCACUAAAUAAAAAUGUCUUCUUACGAAAGCGCGAAGCCUAACAGCACUCUACCUCCACGAUGUUACCAUUGCAAACCUCCACCAUUUUAUUGCCCGAAAUAUGGCUGUCCACCUCCGCAACAAUAUCCACCUUCAAAAUAUUGUUGUCCUUCUCCAUGUCCACCUUUCAUAUGUAGGCCACGACCAGAACCUCCACCGAAACCACCAACCCUAUACAUAGUAAAUUGUUUACCACCUCCUGAUCCACCAGCUCCUAAAUGUAUACCACCAAAAUUAAUUCCACCACCAUCAUGCGUACGUUAUUGUAUCACUGAUAUAUGUGGAAAAUCGUGCUAUUGUCCUCGCUACUUUACUGAUCCUCAGUGUAUGAAAUGUUGUUGACUAUUGAGAAGACUAAAAAUUAUAUUGUAUUUCGUAUUUUUAAUUAUUUUAUUGUAUAUAAAUUAUAAAAAAAACUUGAGACUUUGAUAUUAUAAUAACAUAAUCGUUGAUAAAAAUUUAUUUAUUUGUUAAAUUACAUUCUUUGUUACAAAUUUUCAAAUAAUUAAUAUAUAAUAAUAAUAAUACUAAAAAUAAAAGGUGCAAAUGAUUUAAUAUAUAUAACCAAAUAAAAAUAUUAUAACCAAAUUUGCGUCAAAUGUCAGUCAACAAAUUAACAAAACAAAAAUCAAUUUUAAAGAAAUUGGUUUAUAUGUAACUUAAAGGGAUAGA